AUGUUUAAAAUUAACACUAAAUUAAUUUUAUUAUUUUUAUUUCCUUUAUUAGUCUCCUCAAAAUUGCUAGACGGAUUAUUAGAUUUGUCUAUAGUUCAGAAACUUGUAGACGAAAUUAAUGGAUUGACUGGGGGGAUAUGGACAGCAGAAGUAAAUGAGUUAACUAGAUUGCCUUUAAUAGAGCAGAAGAAGCUUUGCGGGACAAUUAUACCCGAGGAGAAUAAAAACCAUACACAGGCAGAACCUCCAAAAGUUGAGGGGACGGUAAAGGGAAGUUGUUCUACAAAAAUUGAAUUUGAUGCUAGAACUAAAUGGUCGGGUUGUUCAGCUAUUAUAGGACAUAUUCAAGGUAAUAGUGUUGUUUGGACCCUUUUUUCUUUGUUCGAAAUCUUGUCACGAUCUCCAGUCUACAUACUAAACCUUUGAUUAAGCUUCCUUGAAGGAGAAAGUUGGAAAUCUAGAACAGUUAUUUUAUUAAAAAAGGAAGAUGCAUAGUGAAGAGGAGAUCAAUCAAAACGCUUAAUACGGGAGUUAAAGGAUUUAUUAAAGGAGAAGGUUAAAACGGCGCCCCGGUAGAUAAGUAGGUAGAUCCGAGGUGAGUGAAAGCGACGACAAUAAAUGCCACGAGUUUGCAGGUUCGAUGCCUGCCCAGGGAUAAACUUUAAUAGAAGACUUAAGCUUCGGGGGAGGGUUAAGCUUGAGCGAGGGCUUAACAUUUGCCUCUUUCUUACUGUUAAGGGAGAGAGAAACGCGACCGGACUGAGCGUUGAUCUCAGGGUCUGGCUAUC